AUGGACUGGCUGAUCAGUCACGAAGGAGAAGAAAUUCCUUUACCCUCUGAUGAGCAUCCUCCUAUCGAAGAAAGGAAAACAGAGUCGUUUGAAGAUAAAGAACAUCCAUUCACAGAGGCAGGAAAGACAGGGUCGCCUGAACUUACGGAGCAUACUCCUGGCAGUUAUAAAUGCAAUGAUUGCAACAAAUUGUUUCGUGAUGAAGGAUCAAUGAUGUUUCAUGCGGCUAAAUCGGGACAUGAGAAUUUCUCAGAAAGUGAAGAGGUGAUUGCGCCGCUUACUCCAGAGGAGCGCGCUAAGAAAACUGCUGAAAUCCGCGAGAAAAUCAGAGCUGUGCGCGCUAAGAAAGAAGAACAGGAGAAAAAAGAACAGAUUGAGAAGGAACGGCGACGUCGUGAGGAAGGAAAGAAAAUGUUGGAAAAUAGGGAAAAACAGAAGGAAAAUGAACUGAGGUGAUG